CGGGAGCCGGGCGGGCACAUUUCGAACCGCGGCUGGGCGGCGGCGGCGGCGGCGGCGGCCGGGGUAGCAGGGAACGAUGCAUUCGGCGGGCGCGGCGGCGGCGGGGACUCCCCGGCAGCGUAAGUGGCCCUCCAAGCGGAGGACCCCUGUGUCUCAGCCGGGCAUGACGGACCCCCACCAGCUGUUUGAUGACACGAGUGCAGCCCAGAGCCGGGGCUAUGGGGCGCAGCGGGUGGCCGGUGGCAUGGGCUACCCGGCGGCCUCCACGUCACCCCAGGCCGCCUUCCUGACGGACCCGAUGUCCAACAUGGCGAUGGCCUAUGGGAGCACCCUGGCUGCGCAGGGCAAGGAGCUCAUGGACAAGAACAUUGACCGCUUCAUCCCCGUCACCAAGCUCAAGUAUUACUUUGCCGUGGACACCAUGUACGUGGGCCGGAAGCUGGGCCUGCUCGUCUUUCCCUACCUGCACCAGGACUGGGAGGUGCAGUACCAGCAGGACACACCCGUUGCCCCCCGCUUUGACGUCAACGCUCCCGACCUCUACAUUCCAGCUAUGGCCUUCAUCACCUACAUCCUGGUGGCUGGUCUUGCGCUGGGGACCCAAGACAGGUUCUCCCCAGAUAUCUUGGGGCUUCAGGCGAGCUCGGCCUUGGCCUGGCUCACCCUGGAGGUGCUGGCCAUCCUGCUCAGCCUCUACCUGGUCACAGCCAACACCGACCUCACCACCAUCGACCUGGUGGCUUUCUUGGGCUACAAGUAUGUUGGGAUGAUCGGCGGGGUCCUCAUGGGCCUGCUCUUUGGGAAGAUAGGCUACUACUUGGUGCUGGGCUGGUGCUGUGUGUCGAUCUUCGUGUUCAUGAUCCGGACACUGCGCCUAAAGAUCCUGGCGGAAGCUGCGGCCGAAGGCGUCCCGGUGCGGGGCGCACGAAACCAACUGCGCAUGUACCUGACCAUGGCGGUGGCCGCGGCGCAGCCUCUGCUCAUGUACUGGCUCACCUUCCACCUGGUUCGCUGAGGGCCCGCCCGGCCCCGCCCGGCGAACCCCCCCUGUCAGCGUCUCCUUUAUUGCCUGCCUCUGCUGUGAAUUCACUUGUUCUGUGUAUUAAACUGGGCCAGGCCCCUCUGCCUA